CUAUUGCCUGCAAGGACCGGAGAUUCAGCAGCUCAGUCAGUGUCAGAAAUAGCUGUUAUGGGUCACAUGUCUCACUACCAUGAGAAGAUUUACUCAAUCCUCUAGCGUGAUUACUGUCAGCAGAAAAUGUAUUGUUCCAUUGUUUUAUCUUGCUCACAAUCUUAGAAUUUGAGACAGAGUAGCUCAUCUCAUGAAAUAGUUUAUUUUCAUUAUACAUGCACACAACACUUGCAGAAAAGCUAUAGAUGAAACAAUGCAGAUACCAAGAAGAGAUAGGAACAAAUAGAUUUGCACAAAUAUGGAAGUAACGAAAUCAGAGCCAGAAUAGGUGGUGAAAGAUGUCGGAAUUCCAUUUUUCUGGCGUCAGUUUCACAGACAUUUCUCUAUAGCUUUUCGGCACUCAGAUUCCCGGGAUGUUGAUUAUAAUGAUUGCAUUUAGUUGGCAUUUAAAUAAUAUCUCGAGAUGGUUCACAUUUUUCCUUGAAGGCCAUGGGUACAUUCAUCUGUAAUUAGGGUUUAUAUGUUGAAAGUAGCACCAUAAACCGGCAUUACACACAUGUUAUUAGCAGCAGCUUUUUUAGAUUCUCAGGCCGCCUCUAUACCGAGCCGACCAUGAACCUGUAGUGAUUAAGAAUAUAUUCACGAACGAAUUUUAUUUGAACUGAUUGCUGCUCACCCUGUCAUUUUACGCAUUUUACGCAGAAGAAAUCUGGCCAAUAGGUGAAUACAAGUGCCCUGAAAAUUAGGUUCAUGGGCACAAUUCUGGAGGAGAGGAGGAAGGAGAAAUUGGGGAAUCUGGAAGUGGGGCAGCCACCUCAACCACCUUCCGAGGAGCAGCCACCUCUACCUGAUGAACCAGAACCUAAGAGGCUGAGAACAGAUGAUGCUUCUCUGAUUCCAGCUGAGCAGUUCCUUGCUCAGCAUCCGGGCCCUGCUCGCAUCUCGGUUUCUGUACCCAACCUUGAUGAAGGAAACUUGCGAGGCCAAGUUUUGGAGAUCCCUGUCCAAUCACUCUCAGACACAGUUGGCAGUCUGAAGGAGCAGAUUGCUGGAGAGCUGCAGCUUCCUGCUAAUAAGCAGAAGCUGAGUGUGAGGAUUAGCUUUCUGAAAGACAAUUUAUCUCUUGCUUAUUACAAUGUUGGCCCUGGGGUGGUGAUCAAUCUAGCUCUGAGAGAGCGUGGUGGGAGGAAAAAAAUGAGCUUUUCUUAUGCCAAUUUACUCACAGGGCAACACUUCCAACAUAGCUUCAGUGGCCAUCAUGGAGACCCUUUUUGUUGGUUCCUUUAUUGUGGAUUCUUGUAUUAUGUUUUUUAUAAGUUCAGCACUACAAUUUGCACUAUUUUUUUUUCAGACUUGCCUAUGUUUUAUUAAUAUGACAGCAUGUUGUUGGAGGUGUUUGUCCAUGAUAUUGAGUUGAGCUUCCAUUGUGGAUUCUUAUGUUUCGUUUGGUCUUUGUCAAUGCUGUGAACCAAGACAACCCCUUGCAUUUAAUCGAGAUGAGUUUCCGUUGGCUGCUUGCUGUUUUGAUGGUUCCUUUCUAAAUCCGAGUCAAUUAAAAGAGACCGGAGGGAGUAUAUUGUUCCAUUCUCCAGGAAUAAGAACUCUCGGUUCGGAAUAAUCUGCUGGGGAACCCUUGACCACAUGGACAUGACGUGGAAUAUUUUACAGAAAAAAAAAAUCUGGAAAUAGUUCUCUCUAUGUGCAUGUCUACAUCAAGUCCUCAAGUUUUCAUUUCAGGUUAGCAGAGCGCCUUUAAGGAUGUGUGAUGAUGUCUUCAAGGCAGAAGCAAAUGCAAAGAUGUUGACAGAAUGUACUCUAAAUUCAUUCUAACUGUCCAUGUGUGAAGCUCAGAGUUGUACUUCAGCAAUGGCUAUAUUUGAUGGCUACAGAGACUUAUCAUCUAGAAUAAAAUCAUUGAUUGACGUCUGCUUCCUGAUUUUGGAUAAUCCACGUCUACAGAAUUAUAUGCCAACUUCUUAUAGAGUUUGAUCUUAUUCUACAACUGGGAUUGAUUCGUUGCUACACAUAUAUUCGACCAUAUGGAUCACUUAUAAGGCUAGCUACUAUCAUGCCGCCGAUUCAGGUCUAGACACUUCUCUCCCUGAAUUGCUUGUAUGCAGAAAUUGAGGACCAGGAGAUAAGCACAUGAGAAAUUGAUUAGGACUUUUGGAAAUUACCAUAUGAUCAAGAUGAGUGCCUUUCCAUUUGCUUCAUUCAACAUUUCCAGGUUUUUACCCUAAAGGUGAGGGAUUUGUUGACAGGUCGCAAGGAAAGCA